GACAGGUCUAUAAGUAGACGCUAAAGUUUUGUCUCCUUUCUUAAAGAUGGGUACUAUAUUAGCCUGCCUCCACAUUACUGGUACCUCACCUGACUCAUGUGAUUUCCUAAAGACAGAAACUAACGGCUCACUAAUAACCUCUUUGCAUUCCUUAAGUACUGUGGGAUAUAUUUCAUUUGGUCCUGGUGUCUUGAACUUUAUUGGCCUAUCUAUCUCCUGUUGCACUAUCUCCUUAGUUAUGGAAAUAUCUGUCAGCUUCUCAUUCUCAUCUGCUCUAAAUAUCUGUUCUCUAUUUGGCAUAUUCUGCAUGUUUUCCUGGGUGAAGACAGUUAAAAAAAAUUCAUUCAGAAUUUUACUAAUCUCCUCCCCAGAACCAAGCAGCUCCCCAUCUGCUGCCUUUAAUGGACCUAUAGUAUACUUAUUCUUCGUCCUGUAAAUCUAAUAAAAUUCCUUGGGGUCCUUCUUCGCCUGGCUGGCUACCUUUGAUUCGUAAUUCGUAAUUGUUCUAACUAAUUCAUUAUAUUGUGGCCUUAAAACCUCUUCACCUGCCCUAAAUCUCUUAUAUAUACUUCUCUUCCGCCCUAUAUAAUGUUUCAACCUAGCAGUCAUCCAUUUAGGGUAAUUUUUUCUGUGAUCUUAUUGCUCUAUACGGGAUCUUUGCUAACUCCUGUAUGCACUUUAUCUACGAAAUAUUUAUAGAACUCAUCUACAUUUUACUUCACCUAAUCCCCUCAUCUCGGCCCCUUCCAUCCUUUCCACUCCUUCAUCUACUCGCUUCGACCUCACCUCUCUCAUUUCAGCAUGACCUGACCCUCCAACAUACUCACACUAUCUCCCCCUCUCUCUCUCCUCCGCCCCUUUCGGACACAUCUUCCUUCCUCUUGUCACCCUCACACCUCACCUUACCUCUCUCAUCCUGCCUUGUCUCUCUCAACUCCGUCUCGGACCUGACCUCACCCUGCAUUCGUUGCCAUGCAAGUCCUCGGAGGUACCUUUUUAAUUCCUCAAAAUCUGCUCUUAUAAUGUCAGGUAUUUUACUAGUGUUUUUGCUUCUAAAAUUUUCUUCCCAUAUUGAUUUGUACCUAAUUUCCCAAUGGUCACUGUUGCCUAGCUGUCCUCCAACCUCUACCUGCGUGACUAUUUCCUCCCUGUUAGUAAGAAUUAAAUCUAGAAUAUUGUUCCCCUUUGUGGGUAUUACGACAACCUGUUUUAAAAAAAUCAUCCUGAAUUACCUUAAGAAAUUCCUCUGCCUCAUUGAUACCCACCAUCAGACUCCAGUCGAUAUUCCUAAAAUUAAGAUCUACUACCACUCAGACCAGACUGUACCUUCCUGCUCUAUUUAUUUCCUGCCACAGUGAGGUGUUAAUUUCCUUUGUACUGUUCCGUGGCCUGUGCGUUACUCCCAGUACUACUAACUGUGAUCCUUCCUUAAUAUCUACCCACAUCGACUCUGUUUUGCUAUCUGUUUUAAUUCUACUGUUAAUACAGCCCUGUAAUGUGUCCCUAACGUAUAACGCGACGCCUCCUCCUCUCCUGUUUUACCUGUCUUUAUAGAACAAUGUAUAACCAUCUUUCUUAACCUCUGGAUUUAAUACUUUUCUUGACAUAUCUAACUAAGUUUCUGUUAAAGCAAUGAUAUCAAGGUGCUCUACAUAAGACUGACAGAAAAUGAGAAUGAAAUUAUACGAGAGAGUGAGGAAGGCUGAGGAGUGAAUGUUGUGGGAUGAGUGAGGGGGAAAGAGAGAGAUAUCACUCUCGUAACACUUUAUCUUGGGCAGGUAAAGGGAGGGGAGGUGACAGGGAGGGAGGUUUGAGAGAAGAUGAAAGAGGAGAGGAGAAGAAAGGAACAGGGGGGGGGGAGAAGAAAAGGACAUUAUGGAGUUCGUAAAGGGAGAAGGAGAACACAUGGGGCAAAGAAGUGGAGGAAGAAUGAAGACAGGGAGAAGGUAAAAAGAAUAGAUAUAAGCAAGAAGAAUAGGCUGAGUUAAACCAAGCUUUGGAAGGUUUAGGGUGAAAAAAAAGAAUGAGGAAUGCAUGCCUCAAUGGUGGAUACAAUCACCUCUGCUAUGGUGCUCAGCACACAGAGACGGAUCUCUGACACAGAUUGUGUUUGUUUGCAAAAUCUAUUGUGAUUGAAGAAGGUAUAAAAGUCUGCUUUCAAUCAUGCAAAUAACCUUAGGACACAGUUCCUCAACGCUUUUAAAACAUUGUGCGGCGCGCAAAAUCGACUGUGACAUCAGGCUUCCAUCAUCCACUUUGUUCUCAUUAUCACCAUCAGCAGCACUCCCACUAGAAAGAGAACCAGCAGCACCACUACCACCACCAGCAACAAAAGCAGCGACAUCACCAUCACCAUCACCGCAGCCAACAAAAGAACCACCACCAUCGCCACCGUUUGCAACAUAACCAGCAGCAGCAGAAGGCACAGCAGGUGCAGCAGCAUGCAGAGCGAGGCGCCUACCUGCAGCAAGGUGCCCACCGUGGACGCGGGUGACCUAGAUAUGCUGGAGCAGGUCCUGAACAGCGUGAAAGCUUCCUCUUUAAGCCAGAUAGUUACAACUCGUGUGAUAAGGAGACCUCGCUGUUUAUAACACCUUUAGUGUCUCUACAUGAGCUGCAUCGCACCCUCUCUCGGAGGCUGAUGACCUGCCUCGCCCUCAGAUUGGUUUGCCUUGCUCCUGGGAGAUGGAGGGCCCUGCGGUGGUGCAGGCUGUGGAGGAGGUGGGCCUGCCCAGUGCCCGGCAGGAGGUGGCAGCCCCGAGGGAAACCACCACCUUCACAGGUCUCGUGCCCCACACCCAAGCCAGAGAUGUGAGACCAGGUAACCGUCCUUACAGUGCCGUGGACGUGACUGGGAUGCGCGAGAGGCUGGUGAGGGCAGUUUCCCCGCUGCAGACGGUGGAGGAGGCGCGGGCGGGAGAGUUCACGCCUGCUCUUUGGGCGGCCCACCACCUGGACCGCCACACCCAUGCACAGGACCUCCUGCAGCGCUCCGAAAAGCUACGAGGUCAGAGCCGCCGCACGGAGACCUACACGGAGGAACGCACCCAGUCGGCGGAGAAUUCGGUGACUCAUGGGCUGGACCAGCGCCUCGCUUCUACCCUGGAGCUCCGCACGCACCUCCACCACGCCAUCAACAACACCAUAGACGAACUGGCGCUCCAGAACACCAUGAAAUCGCGACUGCAGGUGGCCCUGUUCGCGCUGGAGCUGCCAGAGAGGAACAACGAGGAGUGCAUCCACAUAAGGAGAUUUCGAUUCAGUGUGGACAGGACGCGAGACCCGGUGGUGUUUGCUCUCAACAAGGAGAAGGAGACACUGAGUACGGGUCGCAGCCUCCUGACACAGACGCUGAAGGAGACAGAGGCACAGAUCAGUCGCCUGCUGGAGGUCAAAAGGCUGCUGGAACAUGACUGGUCCGACAAACAGGAAGCCUUUCAGCUGGACCACUUCGCCGCCAAGCUGGCCAACGACCGUAUCAAGGCGCAGUUCAAGGCGGUGUCAGCGGCCCUGAACGAGGGAGUGUCUGUGCCAGACACGUGGAGACUGCGCAGCAAGGAGCAUCUGGAUGUGUGUCGCAGGGAGAUAACGACGGGGAGUCAGCUGAGGGGCGCUGCUGAUCAGGCGCUGCGGGACGUGGCGAGGGACGCGGAGGACACGGCAGAGGCGGUAGACGUGGCCCUCAACAUACGCAUUGCUGAACUGAACGAGGCCAAGGCGAGACUCACGGAGAAGGACGGCAUGCUUCGUCAGGAGAUAGCACAGGAGGAGGUGAGCAUCGCGUCGCUGCGCCAGGCCCUGCAGGACAAGGAGUCGCCCCUACAGGUGGCGCAGAGCAGACACUGGACGCGCUCCUUCAGGCCUGGCGCCGACCGCUGCCUCGACCAGCCCCACUACAGACUGAAGGACGAGCUUCAGGAGUUGCCACAGAGCAUCGAGUCCCUUCGCGAGCGGCUGAGGGCGAGCGAGGACACCCUGGAGGACCUGCAUCGCCUUCACGAGGACUUUGCCAAGGAUAUCCUACACCGGGAGCACACCCUGAGCCUGGAGCGUCGAUGCGUCACCGUCAGGAGCGUGAGACAGACACAGGAGAAGUUGCAGGGACUGUGAUGCGAAGAAUGGGAGUAAUGGUAUGCAAAGGACAGAAACAACUGGAGGAAACUCGUAAAUGGCCCCAACCCCUGACUCUGGGGAAGCAGCGAAAGGGGGUGUAAUAGUAUUCUCGCCAGCUAGUCAGCAAACAAACCGUCAGUCAGUCUGUUACUGAGUUAGUUGAUUAGUCCGUCAGUUAGUAAGUCAGUCGGGGCAGGAGGACAAGCAAGGUGUCAAUCACCUAAUAAGGCUACAGUAGUUACCAGUCAGUUUGUAUGUAGAUCAGUGAGUCAUAUUGUUAGUUCAUUCGUCAUUCAAUUAGUCAGUCAGUCAGUCAGUCAGUCAGUCUGUCUGUCUGUCUGUCUGUCAGUCAGUCUCCGCCAUGCUGGUUCCUGUAACAGUGUCGUUCUCUUUUAUACUUUGAACAAUUUCAUGAUUUUGAUAUCCUUAUGAACAUUCCUCUUCAUCACACUUCCGGGAGUAGUAGUAGUAGCAUAAGUAGUAGUAGUAGUAGUAAUAGUAGUAAUACAUAAGUAACAGCAAAGAAUCAGGGACUAACUCUAUAUACUAAAGUUACCUCUACAGAAGUGAAGAAUUAUUUUAAGAGUUUCAAAUUAACAUCAAUGGAUGCAGCAUUUCACAUCAUCCGGCAAUCAAGAUUCAAGUUCAUUGACCCUUGCAUUUUUCGUUCUCUAGUGUAACGCUACAGUCUCGUAACCCCUUGAUAUCCCUCUCCUCUUUAUUAUCUUCAUUUCGCAACCUCACCCCUUAACUUUCUCACUGAAUGACACCCUUCGACAGAAAAAUGUAUCUAGAUUACUUGAUGCUUUUCUAAUGCUUUGUACGCCACCGGUUAAUCUUCCCCCGGUCAAAGAUAUCAGAUAAGACUCAAGUAUGAGUGAUACGAGCUACAUCUCUCACAUGGUAAUUAUUCUUCUCAAGUUCAUGAUAAUGUUGUAUCUUAUUAAUCAGAAGUGUUCACUCUUGGUUGCUUCUGCUUAUAUUACUCAUCCGGGUUUAAUGUUUGAGGAAUACAUGCAUCUCUCUACAGUAACUACGUAGUGUAUUUAUGACUCCCUGUUACUGCUGCUUCAGUUUAGAAGAGCAUAAAGAAUAUUUGUCAUCUAUAUUCUUCGUCAUAGUUUACAUAAUUUUACUUGUAUUUGCGUUCUUCUAUAAGUAUUAACAAACAAAACUUGAGCUCUUGUACUGACGACCAAUGAAACAAAUCUGGCACUUUUGACACUCGUAUUAAGCGAGUAACGAGAGUGAUAGAUCGCGGGACAAGGGAAUGAAUGUAGUACAAUAGAAGAGUCACACAAAAAUGUUUCAGUCCUCCAUACUGGCUCCGUUUACUGAAACACUUUGGGCUCCCACGAGGACUGCUUUUGCAGGCCACAGAGAUCAGUCAGAUUGUUCACUGGUCGUUUUCCUAUUGGUGAUGUAGUGUUGUUAUUAAACCAUUACUAGAA